CAAGUUCAGGUUGAGAAUACUAAGAAACAACACUUCCAGCUAAUUAACAUCCGUCUUUUUGUUGAAAAUCAAAGAUGGCUCCUGACAUGAAGACCACAACCCUGGCCCUAGCUAAGGCUGCUAGUCUCCCAAACAGGGCCUACGUUACAUUCUUGGCUGGCAAUGGAGACUACGUGAAGGGCGUGGUAGGUCUGGCCAAGGGUCUGAGGAAGGUGAAGAGCAAGUACCCACUUGUGGUGGCCAUAUUGCCGGACGUGCCGGAAGAUCACCGGAGAAUAUUGGUGGAGCAAGGCUGCGUCGUGAAGGAGAUCACGCCGGUUUACCCGCCGGAUAACCAGACCCAGUUUGCCAUGGCUUACUAUGUGAUCAACUAUUCCAAGCUUCGUAUUUGGGAGUUUGUAGAGUACAGCAAGAUGAUAUACUUGGAUGGAGAUAUUCAAGUAUUUGAUAACAUCGAUCACCUGUUCGAGAUGGAAGAUGGGUACUUUUACGCGGUGAUGGAUUGCUUCUGUGAGAAAACAUGGAGUCACAGUCCUCAGUAUCGGGUCGGGUACUGCCAACAGUGCCCCAACCGGGUUCAUUGGCCAUCUGUGUUAGGUCCAAAACCUCCUCUUUACUUCAACGCUGGCAUGUUCGUCUUCCAACCAAGUCUUCCCACUUACCAUCAUCUCUUGAAAACCCUCCAGCUCACUCCUCCAACCCCUUUUGCUGAGCAGGAUUUCUUGAACAUGUACUUCAGGGACAUUUACAAGCCAAUCCCUCCAGUUUACAACCUCGUUCUGGCUAUGCUAUGGCGCCAUCCUGAGAACAUUCAACUUGACCAAGUCAAAGUCGUUCAUUAUUGCGCAGCUGGUUCCAAGCCAUGGAGGUACACGGGAAAAGAGGAGAAUAUGGACAGGGAAGACAUAAAAAUGUUGGUGAAGAAAUGGUGGGAAGUAUAUGACGAUGAGUCAUUAGACUACAUCAACUAUACCGCGCCUCAUCAUGGAGAAGAUGAUCAGUCUUUGAUACUUCUACCAUUCUUCGAUGCUUUCUCGGAGGCCGGCGUCGUUAACUAUAUAACCGCCCCAUCUGCUGCUUAACCACCGCCAUCAUGAUUAUUGCUACCCACAUAUAUGUACUGAUUGAAUUUAAAAAAAAAAGAAAGUUUUCCUGUUGUUGCUAAAUCGAAUUUGAUCUCCCAUGAUUAUAUUCAAAAUGGGAGAUCCUCUCUCUCCUUUUUUUUUUUUUUUUCUUUUUAAAGUUUUUUAAGGAGUAGGAAGAGAUGACCUAAAUUAUUCAUGAGUCUUCUCUCUCGUCUUUGUUUGAUUGGUGGUGUAGAGAUCGACUGUAA